CUUCAUAGCUUGAGGUAGUGAUCGAUAAAAACUUCAUUCGGAUUUUCUCUUCUCUGAGAUUUUGUCCGCCGCCGGUAGGGUUCUUUCUCAAUCUUGCCUCCCCCAACUCCGCCGCCGGUAGCUUUAUCGGCCGUCGUAUAGGGUUUGAGAUGGCGGCUUUAAAUGAACUGCUCCCAGCUGUAAAAUCAACUGGAAAGACAUAUUAUGAUCAUUCAAGUGAUCCAUGGUUCAAACAGAGGUACAAUGAUGCCGAGGCAGAGCAAGCCACAAUUGUGAAGACCAAUCCAGUUCCUCUCUAUGGUAAGAGGGAUGGAUUUAGGCCUAAAAAGCCUGAGGAUUUUGGAGAUGGCGGUGCUUUUCCUGAGAUCCAUUAUGCUCAGUAUCCACUAGGUAUGGGUAAAAAAGGUGAAGCUAGACCCGGCCAGAAGACACUACCAGUAACUGUAGAUGAACAUGGCAAUAUAAGAUUUGAUGCCAUUGUUAAGCUGAAUGAAAACGCAUCCAAGACAGUCUAUUCUCAACACAGGGACCUCGUGCCCAAGAUUUUAAGAGACGACGAAGGAGAAGAACAAGAAGACGAUAUAGACAUGGACGACGCAGAGAAACAGAAAGAAAUUGACGAAAUAACAAUGGAAACUAAAGAACGACUCGAAAAGAUUGUGAACACGAGAUUAAGCGCAGCCCAACCAAAAAACGUGCCCUCGCAGUCAUCCGAUUCAAAAUUCAUCAAAUACAAACCGUCCCAACAGAGCGCAGCUUUUAACUCUGGCGCGAAAGAGAGAAUCAUUAGAAUGGUUGAGAUGCCUGUUGACCCACUUGAACCCCCCAAAUUCAAACACAAGAGAGUUCCUAAAGCCUCCGGUUCCCCACCAGUUCCUGUCAUGCAUUCUCCUCCCCGACCUGUCACUGUAAAAGACCAACAAGAUUGGAAAAUCCCUCCUUGUAUAUCAAACUGGAAGAACCCUAAAGGAUACACAAUCCCACUCGAUAAACGUCUAGCAGCAGACGGCCGUGGGCUUCAAGACGUUCAAAUUAACGAUAACUUUGCUAAGCUAUCAGAAGCUUUAUACGUUGCUGAACAAAAAGCUAGGGAAGCUGUCGCAAUGAGAUCGAAGGUUCAGAAGGAGAUGCUGAUGAAGGAAAAAGAAAGAAAGGAAGGCGAGCUUCGCGCACUAGCUCAAAAGGCUCGUUCAGAGAGGACCGGUGCAGGUGGUGGUGCCGCCCCUCCACCUCCUCCAUCGUCAAUUCACAUUCCGUUAGACGAUGACAGAAUUUACGAAAAAGACCUCCCCAGGGAAUCAAGGGAGGUGAAGGAGGAGAGGGUUAAUCGAGAGAAGAUUCGAGACGAACGUAAACGGGAGAGGGAACGAGAAAGAAGGUUGGAGGCGAAGGAUGCUGCCAUGGGGAAGAAGAGUAAGAUAACUCGCGAUCGUGACCGUGACAUCAGCGAGAAAGUGGCGCUCGGAAUGGCUUCAACCGGAGGUGGAAAGGGCGGUGAGGUUAUGUACGAUCAGAGAUUGUUUAAUCAAGAGAAAGGGAUGGAUUCUGGAUUUGGGCCCGACGAUCAGUAUAAGAUAUACGAUAAAGGGUUGUUUACUGCUCAGGCUACUAUGUCGACUCUUUACAGGCCUAAGAAGGAUGUUGAUAAUGAAACCUAUGGAGGUUCGGAUGAACAAUUGGAUAAGAUAAUGAAGACUGAGAGGUUUAAACCGGACAAGGCGUUUGUGGGUACUUCCGAUAAGAAUGGACCGAGAGAUAGGCCAGUCGAGUUCGAGAAGGAAGCAGUGGAGGAGGAGGAUCCGUUUGGUUUGGAUCAGUUUUUGACUGAGGUGAAGAAGGGAAAGAAGGCUAUUGAUAAGAUUGGGAGUGGAGGAACAAUGAGAGCCAGCGGAGGUGGUGGUGGUCGUGAUUAUGAAGGGUCUAGUCGGACUCGGAUUGCUUUCGAUAAAUCGCGCUAAUUUGCAGGUUUGAUUCUAUUAUUUUAAAUUUCGAACAAACUUUUCUUAUGUUACGGUUGUACUGUAAUAUGUUUGGAGGUUGUUGUUCCUAUUCCUGAUGUUCUGUCAAUUAUGGGUAAAAUCAGACUUUAUAUGAUAUAUGUUUUGGUUAAUAUAAAUAUAGACUAUGUUGUGUCUC